GUGCCAAUAUGAUUCCGGUCAACUCGGAUCUUGUCACAACUGAUAACUGAGUGGGUGGUGCUUGUACAUAUCUCAUAACAGUGUAGAAGAGUUAUUAAUCGCUAUAUUACCGUGGCGUACCGCCGCUCCGGUCAUCACGAUCGAAUUGGGAAGGAAGUUCGGCAAACACUGGAGCUGCGCCAAGCCUUGAGUGAUAUCCGUAGGUGCCUAUCGUGAACCCGGCUCGCUACAUAAAGUCAGCAUUCGCCCCGAAUCCCUCGUGCGAAUAAGAAUAAUCCGUUAGCGAUUUGUGACCGAGAAUUUGAGAGAUUAUCGCUACGUUGCUAGUUGGUUUUGUGUGCUGUAAAGCGACGCCAUUGGUGACCUUGCUAGGUGGCUGAGCUUUAUCAAGAUGAUUCGCAUUACCUCUUUUCUUGUCCUCUCCUUCGUCGCCAACAGUUUGGUUUGGUUGGCUUCGGCGGAGGACUCGCUUUACAGCAAACGCUUAUCGAAGCGGUUCAUUGACGCAGACGGCAAUUAUAAUAUCUCAUUUUACCACAUCAAUGACGUUCACGCACAUCUAGACCAAUUCGCCUCAUCAGGCACCGACUGUACAAAUUCCUCUAAGGGCUGUUAUGGAGGAUACGCACGUGUUAAGACGAUCAUCGAAGAUACGCGGCCAGAGCAUAACGACAGCCUAUGGUUAAAUGUGGGCGAUGAGUUCCAAGGAACUUUAUUCUACACUUUCUAUGGCGGAGAAAAGAUUGCGGAUACUCUCAACCAGCUAGGAUUCGAUGCCAUGACUCUUGGAAACCACGAGUUUGAUGGUGGUGAUGAUCAGCUAGGAGAUUUUAUCAAGAAUUUAACAUUUCCUGUCAUAUCCGCGAACAUUGUCUCAGACAACGAGAAGCUAAACUCCACUAUCAAGCCAUAUCACAUUUUCGAGGAAUACCAAUUGGCUGUCAUUGGUGUAACGACUGAGUCGACAGCCAGUAUUAGCGAUCCGGGCAACGGUACCAAAUUCACGGAUGCCAUUGCUGCUGUUCAGGCUUCGAUCGACGAGAUUCGUAGCACAACAAAUAUCACCCGUAUUGCGGCUAUCACCCAUAUCGGGUAUGACCAGGACAAACUUCUAGCCCAGGAGACGACUGGAUUGCAUCUCAUCAUGGGCGGUCACAGUCAUACGCUUCUUGGAGAUAUGGAGGGUGCUAAAGGCCCUUACCCUACUAUUGAGACAAACAAGGAUGGGGAUGAGGUAUUCAUCGUCACAGCCUAUAGAUGGGGGGAGUACUUGGGCUAUAUCGAUGUUACGUAUAACACGGAGGGCAAAAUUCUGGCCUACCACGGCGCCCCAAUCCACUUGACGAACGCCACCAAGCAAGACGAAGGUCUUCAGACACAGGUUGACGAGUGGAGAAAACCAUUCGAGGCAUACGCUUCCGAAAAAGUUGGUAGCACUAAAAUUGUGCUCGACCAAACCACUUGUCAGAAGCAGGAAUGCACUUUGGGCGAUUUGGUUACCGACGCAAUUCUUCAAUAUCGUCUUGAUGCCGGCAGCGAUGCGGCUUUCGCACUCGUGAAUGCAGGCGGCAUUCGCGCCACUAUCGAUGCGGGAGAUAUCACGCGCGGACAAGUGAUAACGUCAUUCCCAUUCGGCAACGCCGUGGUCGAAGUUAGUUAUAGCGGCGCAGAUCUUUGGAAGAUCUUCGAAGGCCUCGUCAGUAAAGUCAACCAAUUCAAUCAGAAAGAAGUUACCAGUUUCUUCCAGGUCAGCCGCGGCAUCAAGGUCGAGUAUAACCCCAACAAUGCCGUUGGUCAACGUCUUGUCCGACUUACGAUCGGCAACAAGUCCGUUGAUGCGAAUACUCAAUAUAAGAUCGUUACAGCGGAUUUCAUAACUGGCGGAGGCGAUAAUCUUGUGUUACCAGUUGAGGAUGUAAUUGCCUUAAAUACAAUGGAAGAGGUGUUGGAAGACUAUAUGGGGAAGCAUAGCCCAAUCGAUUUUGAGCUCGAAGGUCGGAUUGCUAUUGUCGAAGGCAGUGCCAAUAGUACAACUGCAGGAAAUGGGAGCAAUUCGACUGUAUCAACGAGAGCCCCAAGCAGUGCUGAGCGAGUGGGCGGCGUAGUCUCAUCAGCAGUCCUGCUGGUCUUCACGAUUCUGUUAGCCGUUGUCGUUUUAGCAUAGAAUAGACGAUGAUGGGAUUGUACGAAGUUUCAAUUAGUACUAGGUACCUAUCGUACCUACAUGUAUUACUAAGUAGUAGUUGAAUUACCUACAUAUGUCAUAGGUACCUAGGUACGUAUCAUAGUUAUAGCUAGAGGUACACUACCGGGAGGGGGGGGUAUUUGGACAUGGUCACAACCAACGUUUCAGUAUUUCGACCUGAUCACCACCUUCUAUAAGACUUGCCAGGGAU